GAGAAGCGUGGGGGAGGGGCUCCUUCCGCGUGUGAGUGAGGGAGUAGGAGGAGAGAGAGAGAGAGAAAUCGAGAGAUAGGAAAAGAGAGGGAGUGGGAGAGGGGUAGAGAAAGAGAGAGAGAGAGAGAGAGAGAGGAAGAGGAAAGAGCGCGGCGAGCGGCCUCGAGAGGAGAGCGCGCCUCUCGCUCUCGCACGCGCGUGCGUCUCUUGCCCCUCCCCCCGCCCCCUACCGCCUUGGCGCCCAGAGCUCGUUCGGGCCCAGCGGGAGCGCGCGCCGCAGGCAUUCGAGACGGGGCGUUGAGAGACCGGGCUAGAGCGUCGCGGAGUCGGAGGCAAGAGCCCGAGCCCGAAGCCGCGCGCUUGUGUCUCCGCUGCGUCCGCCGAGGCCCCCGGAGCGUCAGGGACAAAGCCGCCGUCGCCGCCGCUGCUCUCCGCUCCCGCUCUCGCCGGGGCCCAUCCGCCGCCGCCGCCCUGAGGAGAGCCCGCCGCCGCCGCCGCCUUCCCCGCGGAUCUCCGAGCCAUGUCGGCCAGCAGCCUCCUGGAGCAGAGACCGAAAGGUCAAGGCAACAAAGUACAAAAUGGAUCUGUGCAUCAGAAGGAUGGAUUGAAUGAUGAUGAUUUUGAACCAUACUUGAGUCCACAGGCAAGGCCCAAUAAUGCAUAUACAGCCAUGUCAGACUCUUACCUACCAAGCUACUACAGUCCUUCAAUAGGCUUCUCUUAUUCAUUGGGUGAAGCUGCCUGGUCUACUGGGGGUGACCCACCCAUGCCCUACUUAACAUCCUAUGGACAGCUCAGCAAUGGAGAGCCCCACUUUCUACCUGAUGCUAUGUUUGGACAACCAGGGGCUCUAGGCAGCACUCCAUUUCUUGGUCAGCAUGGUUUUAAUUUCUUUCCCAGUGGGAUAGACUUCUCAGCUUGGGGGAAUAACAGUUCUCAGGGACAGUCUACUCAAAGCUCUGGAUAUAGUAGCAAUUAUGCUUAUGCACCUAGCUCCUUAGGUGGAGCCAUGAUUGAUGGACAGUCAGCUUUUGCCAAUGAGACCCUGAAUAAGGCUCCCGGUAUGAAUACUAUAGAUCAAGGGAUGGCAGCACUGAAGCUGGGCAGCACAGAUGUUACAAGCAAUGUUCCAAAAGUUGUUGGCUCUGCAGUUGGCAGUGGAUCCAUUACUAGUAACAUAGUGGCAUCCAAUAGUUUGCCACCAGCCACUAUUGCUCCUCCCAAACCAACAUCUUGGGCUGAUAUUGCGAGUAAGCCUGCAAAACAACAGCCUAAACUGAAGACCAAGAAUGGCAUGGCAGGGUCAAGUCUUCCACCACCCCCAAUAAAACAUAACAUGGAUAUUGGAACUUGGGAUAACAAGGGUCCUGUAGCAAAAGCCCCUUCUCAGGCUUUGGUUCAGAAUAUUGGGCAGCAGCCAACCCAGGUAUCACCUCAGCCUGUAGGUCAGCAGAUAAAUAAUAGCCCACCAGUGGUGCAGGCUGCAGCAGGGCAACAGCCACAGCCUUUGCCUCCACCGCCACCACCACAACCUACCCAGCUUUCUGUGCAACAACAAGCAGCCCAGCCCACCCGUUGGGUAGCACCCCGGAACCGUGGCAAUGGGUUUGGGCAUAAUGGGGUAGAUGGUAAUGGAGUGGGGCAGUCUCAGAACAAUUCUGGGUCUGCUCCCUCAGAACCCCACCCAGUGCUGGAGAAGCUGAGGUCCAUCAAUAAUUACAACCCCAAGGAUUUUGACUGGAAUCUGAAACAUGGCCGGGUUUUCAUCAUCAAGAGUUACUCUGAGGACGAUAUUCACCGUUCCAUUAAAUAUAAUAUCUGGUGCAGCACAGAACAUGGCAAUAAGAGACUGGAUGCUGCUUAUCGCUCCAUGAACGGGAAAGGCCCCGUUUACUUACUUUUCAGUGUCAACGGCAGUGGACACUUCUGUGGCGUAGCAGAAAUGAAAUCUGCUGUGGACUACAACACAUGUGCAGGUGUGUGGUCCCAGGACAAAUGGAAGGGACGGUUUGAUGUCAGGUGGAUUUUUGUGAAGGACGUUCCCAAUAGCCAGCUGCGGCACAUUCGUCUAGAGAACAACGAGAAUAAACCAGUGACCAACUCCAGAGACACUCAGGAAGUGCCCCUGGAAAAGGCUAAGCAGGUGUUGAAAAUCAUUGCCAGCUACAAGCACACCACCUCCAUUUUUGAUGACUUCUCACACUAUGAGAAACGCCAAGAGGAGGAGGAAAAUGUUAAAAAGGUCCAGCUGUUCUUCCUGAUGUCAUCUUAAGUGCCAUUUCCACUUUUAGCACAUCAAAGAAUGAGGAACGCCAAGGUCGUGUGAAAUAAAGGCAGCUCUCCUGCAAAGACUGCAGCAACGGUUGCACCUGAAUAUCCUUCUAAGAGAGAGAGAGAAAGAGAGAGAGAGAGAGAGCGAGAGAGAGAAAGAGAGAGAGAGAGAGAGAAAGAGAGAGAGAGAGAAAAGAAAAAUGACCUUUGAAAGAAUUAGGACUUUUUUUCUUAAUUUCAUUGACUUCAAAGAGACGAUUGCAGACUUGGCAGUUAAAAGUAUUGGAAUUUCACAAAAGACAUAGGACUUAACUGGAAAAGAAAAAAAAAAGAAAAAAAGAAAAAAACUAAACAAAAAAUCCCUCUAGGUAGUUUAGGUGAAAAAGUCCCCUUUAUUUUGCCUUUGGUUGUGAUUUCAGAGCAUAAUGCUUUGUUUUUUGUCUUUUUACUAUGUUUUCCGGAUUUUAAGGUCCGUAAGUGACAUACAGUUUUUCUCUAAUUUUUAAACCCUUUCCUCCUCUCCCCUCUUCCCCCAUUUUGACAUUUGCACUUGGAACACCGAGUUGUGAAGGUUUUGGACAUCCACCCCAAAAAGUGGAAUUGGUUUUUCCUUUCCGAACUGGAAGAGCAUUUUUAUGAAGAAUUUUUGUCUAGAAGAAUCGAGCAGAGUGUUACCCAAGGUUGUGUCUCUGAGGGUGGUUCAUUUUCUCUGACCCUUUGUUACUCAAAGUAAAGUACUAGGAGUCCUAAGAAAUGUUCUGUUCUUGUACAUUAUACAGAUUAAGUCAGGAUUAAUUUGAUUUCAAAGCUGAGAACAGUGGUAAAAACUCGUUUACAGAAAAUGCAUUUUGGAAGAGAAAAAUAUUGUAAAAUGUGUAGUGAAUGUUUCUUCAGUUCCUUGUUCAGCCAAUGAGGAAAGGGCACUGCCUUUCUUUUUACCAUUAAUCACUUCUCAAUAAUAAACGUGAGAUCCUGUUGAGCAUCA